AUGGAAAACUACACCCCUCAAGAUUUUAGACGCACUCAGUCUGGCUUAUGGCUUUCUACACAGGUGGUACUUGGAGUAAACAGUGAAUUUAUCGUUGAGGUAAAAGAAUUAGACAUUGAAAAUGGCACCACAAGCUGGCAGACUGUCAGAAGACAAAAGCGAGAGUGGAUCAAGUUUGCUGCAGCCUGUCGGGAGGGCGAGGACAACUCCAAGAGGAAUCCAAUCGCCAGAAUCAGAUCUGACUGUGAGGUGAGUCAGAGGAUAACUUACCGAAUCUCCGGAGCGGGAAUUGAUCGGCCACCUUAUGGGGUGUUCACCAUCAACCCUCGGACAGGAGAAAUCAACAUUACCUCAGUGGUGGACAGAGAGAUAACCCCACUGUUCCUGAUCCAUUGCCGUGCUCUCAACUCCCGGGGAGAAGACUUGGAGAGACCGCUGGAGCUCAGAGUGAAGGUCAUGGAUGUGAACGACAACCCCCCAGUCUUCACUCAGAAUGUGUACACAGCCCACAUCGAAGAGAACAGCGACGCCAAUGCACUGGUGGUAAAGUUAAGUGCCACAGAUGCAGAUGAAGACAAUCACUUGAAUUCUAAAAUUGCAUACAAGAUCAUCUCCCAGGAGCCCGCUGGCGCACCUAUGUUCAUGGUGAACAGGUACACUGGAGAAGUCCGCACGAUGUCCAACUUCCUUGACAGAGAGCAACACAGUAUGUACAAUCUACUGGUAAGGGGCUCAGAUCGGGAUGGAGCCACAGAUGGGCUGUCCUCUGAAUGUGACUGCAGAAUCAAGAUUUUAGAUGUCAAUGACAAUUUCCCCAUCUUGGAGAAAACCUCAUACUCAGCAAGUAUUGAAGAAAAUUGUUUGAGCUCAGAACUGAUAAGAUUGCAAGCAAUCGAUCUCGAUGAGGAAGGCACUGACAACUGGUUAGCUCAAUACUCCAUCCUCUCUGGCAAUGAUGGGAACUGGUUUGAAAUCCAAACAGAUCCAAAAACCAAUGAAGGCAUUUUGAAAUUGGUCAAGACGCUGGAUUACGAACAGGAACCUAACAUUUACCUCAGCAUUGGAGUUAGAAACCAAGCUGAGUUUCACCAUUCAGUGGCAUCCCAAUUCCAAAUGCACUCCACCCCUGUGAGAAUCCAGGUUGUUAACGUGCGGGAAGGACCGACCUUUCGCCCAAGUUCCAUGACGUUUAGUCUACGAGGAGGAGUGAGGGGAGACUCCUUAAUGAACUAUGUGCUUGGCACCUACACAGCCAUAGAUAUGGACACUGGGAGCCCGGCAACAAAUGUCAGGUAUAUCAUAGGGCAUGAUGCAGGCAGCUGGUUAAAAGUUGAUUCAAGGACUGGUGAGAUACAGUUUUCUAGGGAAUUUGACACGAAGUCAAAAUAUAUUACGGAUGGGGUUUAUGCAGCAGAGAUCCUGGCUAUAGAUGAUGGCUCUGGGAGAACAGCUACGGGAACCAUAUGCAUUGAGGUUCCCGACGCCAACGAUUACUGUCCCAUCAUUUAUGCUGAAAGUAGAAGUGUCUGCACCCAGGCUUCCUCUGUCAGGAUCUAUGUCAGCGAUCAUUCUUUCGGGUCUCCCUUUACCUUUUGUGUAGUUGACGAGUCACCAGACACAGCUAACAUAUGGGAUAUCAGGUCCAUCAAUGGAACCUCUGCCAUCCUUAUGACUGAGCAGACUUUGUCUCCAGGACCCUACCAAAUCCCCAUCCUCGUGAAGGACAGUCACAACAGAGCGUGUGAAUUGCCACAGACCGUGCUGUUAGAUGCCUGCUUCUGUGAUGACCACCGUGUAUGCUUGCACUCCAGCACCACAGGCAUCUACAGUGGGGACACCACCUGGGUGACAGAUGACAUGUACGGGACUGUCACUGACGACGGAGUUAGGGAGUCAAACGUCAGACUUGGCCCAGCGGGGAUUGGCAUGAUUGUUUUGGGACUCUUGCUACUGCUCUUGUCACCUCUUUUACUGCUCAUGUGUUGCUGCAAGCGAAGACAGCCAGAAGGUCUUGGGACACGGUUUGCCCCUGUGCCUGAAGGAGGUGAAGGAGUGAUGCAGCCCUGGAGAAUAGAGGGGGCUCAUCCAGAAGACAGGGAUGUAUCAAAUAUAUGUGUACCCAUGACAGCCUCUAAUACCCAAGAUCGCAUUGAUUCCUCCGAAAUCUACACCAAUACUUAUGCUGGUGGAGGAACAGUGGAAGGGGGCGUGUCAGGAGUGGAGCUCAAUACAGGUGUUGGGACAGCCGCAGGCGUGGUAGCUGGAGGAGCAACAGGGACCCUGAGGAAGAGGAGUUCAACUAUAGGGACUCUCCGGGAAUACCAAGACACCGGCAUGAACAUGGCCUUCCUGGACAGCUAUUUCUCCGAGAAAGCCUAUGCAUAUGCAGAUGAAGACGAAGGCCGACCAGCCAAUGACUGCCUGCUCAUUUAUGACCACGAAGGAGCUGGGUCACCCGUGGGCUCCAUUGGCUGCUGCAGUUGGAUUGUGGAUGACUUAGAUGAAAGCUAUAUGGAGACCUUAGAUCCAAAGUUCAGGACUCUGGCUGAAAUCUGCUUGGACACAGAGAUUGAGCCAUUCCCUUCACACCAGGCCUGUAUACCCAUCUCCACUGACCUCCCUCUGCUGGGGCCUAAUUACUUUGUCAAUGAAUCUUCAGGAAUGACUCUCUCAGAGGCUGAAUUCCAAGCAGAAAUGGCAGCAGCCUCUGAACCCAUGAUUCACGGGGACAUCAUAGUGACUGAGACCUACACUACUUCUGACCCAUGUGUACAACCCACAACGAUUGUUUUUGACUCUCAGCUUCCGCCCAACGUAGUUGUGACCGAAACCGUAAUGGCACCUGUCUAUGAUGUUCAAGGGAACAUUUGUGUGCCUGCCGAGAUAGCCAACACACACAAUGUAUACUAUGCCGAGAGAGUGGUUGCUAGCCCUGGCAUGCCUGACAUGGGCAACGGUAACAUGAGCGAUGCGUGUGUAGGACCAGUGAUGAGUGGUGGUAUUUUGGUAGGGCCAGAAAUUCAAGUGACACAAAUGAUGAGCCCAGACAUUCACAUAAGCCAAACCACAGGCUCCACCUCCCCAAUGGCGUCUCAGCACCGAGUAACCAGAUACAGCAACAUACACUACUCCCGACAGUAA